AUCCCGCGGCAUUAUUUAUUUCAUUUCACUGAUAAUCAUUUCGAGUUCGUUACUGUUUUCAAAAACUAAUUACUACUAUGGAUGAUGAUGUAAGUGCCCUGGUUGUGGACAAUGGGUCCGGUAUGGUCAAGGCCGGCUUCGCCGGAGACGAUGCUCCCCGAGCAGUCUUUCCUUCCAUUGUUGGACGACCCAGACAUCAAGGUGUCAUGGUCGGCAUGGGACAAAAAGACUCUUACGUCGGAGACGAAGCCCAGAGCAAGAGAGGUAUCCUCACCCUGAAGUACCCUAUCGAGCACGGUAUCGUUACCAACUGGGAUGAUAUGGAGAAGAUCUGGCAUCACACCUUUUACAACGAGCUGAGAGUUGCCCCAGAGGAACACCCCGUCCUUCUGACCGAGGCUCCCCUCAACCCAAAGGCCAACAGAGAGAAGAUGACCCAAAUCAUGUUCGAGACCUUCAACUGCCCUGCUAUGUACGUCGCUAUCCAGGCUGUCCUGUCUCUGUACGCUUCCGGCCGAACUACUGGUAUCGUCCUGGAUUCUGGAGAUGGUGUUUCCCACACAGUCCCAAUUUAUGAAGGUUAUGCUUUACCCCACGCAAUCCUCCGACUUGAUCUUGCCGGACGUGAUUUGACCGACUACCUCAUGAAGAUCCUGACCGAGAGAGGCUACUCAUUCACCACCACCGCCGAAAGGGAAAUUGUCAGGGAUGUCAAAGAGAAGCUCUGCUAUGUCGCCCUCGACUUCGAACAGGAAAUGCAAACUUCUGCCAGUUCCAGUUCCCUCGAGAAAUCCUAUGAACUUCCCGACGGUCAGGUUAUUUGCGUAAAUAACGAACGAUUCCGAUGCCCAGAAGCUCUUUUCCAGCCUAGCCUCCUCGGUAUGGAAGCUGCCGGAAUCCACGAGACCACCUAUAACUCUAUCAUGAAGUGCGAUGUUGACAUCAGGAAGGAUUUGUACUCCAACACUGUCCUCUCCGGCGGAACCACUAUGUACCCUGGAAUCGCUGACAGGAUGCAGAAGGAGAUCACCGCCCUGGCUCCUCCCACCAUGAAGAUCAAGAUCAUUGCUCCUCCAGAGAGGAAAUACUCUGUCUGGAUCGGAGGAUCUAUCCUUGCUUCUCUCUCCACCUUCCAGCAGAUGUGGAUCUCCAAGCAGGAGUAUGACGAAUCUGGUCCCAGCAUCGUCCACAGAAAAUGCUUCUAAAUUAGUAACCGUUUUUCUUGGAUUAUCAGUGAAAAGUGAUGUUUUCUUUUUUGUCCUACAUUAAUUGUGUUUCUUUAGUUUGUUCAUUGCUGCUAGUAUAUUUGAUUGAUAAUUGUUUUUAUUGCUUUUUGUACUAAUGCAAUGA